ACACUGUACGCGGCUGUGUCACAAUUUGAUUUGUCAAAUAUUGGUUUGGUAAAAAUGACGAGCCACAGGAUUUGUGUUCAGUAAAAAAAUAAUAUAAAAUUAAAUUGUGUGUUUAUCAAAAUGACUGUUUGGCGUAAACUGGAAGAUGGAGAAGUGUACGCUGUUGCCAUAUACAACUUCACAGCCAAACCCGGCUCCCUCCAUCUCUCGUUUGACGUCGGCGAGCUACUGCACCUUGAGCGAGAGACGGACUCCUGGUAUUGGGGCAAGAGCCUCAAGAAGGAUGUCAGUGGCGCCUUCCCCAAGAGCUAUGUGCAGAUAAGAGACUGUGUGGUUGACAGAUGUGGUGGUACGGUGGUCGCGUCAGCUGGUGGUAUCGGCGUGGUCCACGACAUAGCCGUUACUCUAAGAGAAUGGUUGGAGCAUUGCAAGAAGUUGUACGUUAACAACGAUGAGCGUCUUAAGUUUAUGGAGGUGAGCAUGCGAGCGCUGCUAGAGUUGAGAGCUCAGGCCGCCUCGGGAGCAUUGCCUCAGGACACGCUACGGAAAGUCGCCAGGACUGCUGUCUUCACUAUAGAUAAGGGAAACAGAACCCUAGGCAUGGAGCUAGCUGUGAGAACUGCAAACGGUCAGCUGGUUGAUCCUCUGAAGAUCUCCACUUACAAACUAAAUGCUUUACACGAUGACGCCAACGCUCGUAUUGAGAAGAAUAUGGAAACAACCCCCGUAACACCUCCACCAGCAACCCCACCCGGGGCUCGAACCUACACCAUAGCGGUUCGCGUCCACAACUUCGUGUGUCGUAUGAACGAGCCAGCAGAAAUAGCCCUAGCUCUACACGAUGCGUCGGGCGCUAAGCUAACCGAACAUUUGUUGCUACGGUGGCCUACAAACCACGUCAGUUCUGCCUUAGUCGUGUUUACUGAUUUCGGUAGCGAUAUAAUAAAGAGUGAGAAAAUAUAUUUGGUGUCAAAUAUUGUACGGAUAGGAAAUAUGGACGCGCAGAAUAUUGAUAAUAGACGCAGCUCAGUAGCCCAAACGCCGCCGGCGGUAUCACCGUCGGGUCGUUCCAUGCGUCGUCCGUUCGGCGUCGCCUGCGCAGACAUCAAGCGAUACGUCAACAUCGACUGUCCGAGCCCUGACAAACACAUACUAGUGCCUUUUUAUGCAUAUGAAAAGGAGAAUUUGGACUCUUUGCUAAAGAAGAUCAUUGCGAACCGUGACAUCAAGGACGCUAAACAUUCACAAGGAUUGUGGGUCUCUGUGAUGCUGGUAGAGGGAGAUUUGAAACAGAUUCGCGAAGAAAAUCCGCAUCUAGUAGUAGGUAACACAGCGGUAGCUCGCAAGAUGGGAUUUUCCGAAGUAAUAAUGCCAGGAGACGCCCGCAACGACCUCUACGUCACUAUUUGUGGAGGCUCCUUCUCCAAGGGAGGGGGCAAGUCCUCCGAGAGGAACAUUGAAUUAAUCGCCAAAGUUGUCGAUAAACAUGGACAGACUUUUCCGGGCGUAAUAUCAGUCGGCGCAGGAGUUCCAUUAGCAAAUGAGUACACGUCUGUAGUGUACUACCACGACGAUCGACCUCGGUGGCAGGAAACCUUUAAGGUGUGCCUUAACAUAGAAGAGUUUAAAGAAGCCCACUUAGUAUUCCUCUGUCGUCACCGUUCCUCGAACGAAGCUAAAGACCGAGCGGAGAGACACUUCGCUCUCUCAUACCUACGGCUAAUGCAGCGAGAGGGCACCACUACACCCGAUACUCAACAUAAUCUGUGUGUUUAUAAGAUCGACAAGCGCGCGAAUCAAUCCGAGGCGGAGGAGACGUGCCUGGGCCUGCCGUCCCGGCGCGACGAGCUGCCGGCGGGCGCGGAGCACGGGCUGGCGCGCGGCGUGCUGCAGCUCGUAGCGAGGGACGCGCUCGCCGUGCACACCAAGCUCUGCUCCACCAAGCUCACGCAGAGAGAGGAAAUACUCGGCGUAUUGAAAUGGAACACUCACUACGCGGAAGGCACGCUACGGAAUGCGUUGACGCAACUGUUGGUGGUACCCAGUGAAGAGCUCGUCAAGUUCCUGCAAGACAUACUGGAUGCACUGUUCUGUAUACUUACACAGGUACAAGAAGACCACGAAGACGAUGUCUACACGGACAACAGUUAUGGUGUCCUGGUACUCGAGUGUUUGCUCCGAGUCAUAUCUAUAGUAGCCGACCACAAGUACCAACACUUCCAGCCGGUGUUACACGUGUAUAUUGACGAUAGCUUCUGCGAUGCAUUGGCUUACGAGAAAUUAAUAUCAGUAAUGGUAUGGGUGAUUUCGGCCGCUAACGCAGGCGAUGCGGCGUUGAAGAGGCUUCUAAUGUGUAUGAAAUGUAUAGAGAGUCUCAUACGACUUAUUGUGAGGAGUCGACAGUUGAGGAGUGCGCUGGGAGACCGAGCUUCUGAUAGUGAAUUCUGCAUGUUGUUUGAGGCCCUUCUAAAACAAUUAGUAUGGCUCAUGCGUUGUGGAGACCACGCCCUCACGUGCCAGGGCUCGGCGCUGAAAUACCUUCCACACGCCGUGCCGCACAUCAUUAAAGUAUACCCCGAUACUGAACUCAGUGCCUACAUAGUCCGCGCACUAGAAGCGUUACCCCUAGGCCGGCUCAGUAAGCAAAGGAUGUUAGCGUUAUUGGAGUUGGUACGCGGCCCACUUUGUUCAGAGCCGUCGGCUCGAGCGCUACUAUUGCCGCAUCUAGCCGCCACCACUCGCGCAUUGCUCCGUGACAAGGCUGAGUGGGAUCGCGAGGCUGCCCACAAGUCGCGCUCCGUGGGCAAAGCGGCGCGGCUCCUCGGCGCAGACACGGCGAAGCUGCCAGACCACACGCAUCACCAACAGAUCGUGGAGCUUUGCGUGGAAACUCUAGGCGAGGUGAUGUCUCUUCUCGCGCGAGACGACGUCGGUCCUGUGGACGCAGAUCGCGGGGAACUAGCCAGGCGGUUGCUCCCGACUGUACUGAAGACUGCCGCUACUAUGCUGAGAGAUCGCAAGAGUGAGGGCCAGAGUAAUAGCGCUGAGGAUGCUUUGUUGAGACGAAUCCUCUCAGUCCUACUGGACAUGGUACGCCAAAUGUCAGAGAACCAGUAUUCGAUGGUCGUGAGAGCCUUGGAAGCGGAGAACGUUGGCGGGUCAGGAUCGUUGGUCACUGAUGCUCUAUCGCUGUUCCUGGCGAUAUUACAGCGGCCUGUGUUCAGACCUCAUUGGGCUGAUAUGCUGCAUUUACAGCAUUAUGUUAUGUUGCAUGCUUUGAGAUUACUCUCAACAACGCUUCGCGACCGUCUCUACUCGACAGAAGACUCUGACACAGAAACGCUAACAGCCAUUCACUCACUGUGUCGGACCUGGUUCGAAGCGGGGGCCGCGCUGGCCACGUCCUCGCCGCUACAGCUAGAAACAUUACCGGCGGCGAGGAAGCAACGACUGAGCGCUUUGUACGGCGAUGUUAGACGAGGUGUCGCUGAGUGCCUUAGUGAAAUGUGGUAUAGCUUGGACCAUCACAAGCGUUCAUUCAUCCCGUGUCUCGUGGGUCCGUUCCUGGAAGUAUCGUUCCUUCGAGACGAAGAAGUGCGGAACACUACUAUACCGAUAUUCUUCGAUAUGAUGCAGACGGAAUACAGUCAUAGUGUGUUGAAUGGGGAUGCAAACGAAAGCCCCCUAAAAGAACUAGAAAGCGAAAUGAUAGACAAGGUAGACGUGUUAGUCGAGAAGGGGUACGGGGAUUCAGUGUGGCGGGCUCGCUUCGUGUCCCUAUGCGGAGCCCUAUGUGGCGCGGCGAGUGGGCCGCUGCGGGUGGCGGCGGCGGCGCUGGUGGCGGCGGCGGCGCGCCAGCUGGACGCGCUGCUGCAGUACCGCGCCGCCGCGAGACGCUCCGCCACCCCGCACCGCAUGCAUCUCACCACGUGCGUGCUGCACUUCUACCAACAGAUCGAGAGGCCGCAUAUGUAUAUACGCUACGUCCACAAGCUAGCCAAAAUGCACCACGCAGCCCAGCAGUGGGCUGAAGCAGGACUGUCCCUGCGUCUCCACGCCAAGCUACUCGCGUGGAGCCACGAUCCGUUACCGCCGCGGCUCAGACAUCCCACUGUCGAACACGAUAGUCAUACUACGCAUAGGGAAUUGAAGGAAUACCUAUACCUCGUAAUAGCCGACCUAUUAAACCGAGGUCGUCAAUGGGAGUUAGCGGUGGAGAUAGUGAAAGAAUUAGUAUCAGUAUACGAAGAGGAGGCUCUAGGCUACGGGCCUCUUGCAGACCUCCAUACUCAAUUGGCGAGCAUGUACGAUGCCAUGUUGAGGACGCCCAGGUCCCAUCCAGGGUACUUCAGGGUGGUCUAUCAUGGGAAGGGAUUUCCUGAGUUGUUGAGGACGCCUUAUGGCUACAUAUACCGUGGUAAUGAAUACGAGCAACUACAAGAGUUCAGAGAUCGACUUCUAGACGAAUGGCCUGAUGCAGAAGUCUUACCGAAGUUAGAUCCACCCGGACCGGAGAUCACGGAAUCUGAUGGACAAUAUUUACAAAUAAACGCCGUGGAUCCAGUAAUGGGCGACAAACUGAAGCGUCUCUCCGGCAAGCCGAUAGCGGAACAAAUACUGCAGUACUACAAGCAUAAUAACGUCGACAAGUUUGAGUUCUCACGGCCUUUUUAUAGAGCAGAAGAGUCGCUGGACGGCUCAACGGAUGACCUAUCAAAUCAAAACGAAUUUGCAACUCGAUGGCUGGAGAGAACGGAACUAGAAAUUAGUGAGAAACUGCCAGGCAUUCUCCGCUGGUUCCCGGUGCGGUCGCAGCGUACAUACGAAGUAUCCCCGCUGACGGCCGCAGUGGAAGCGUUGAAGGACUCCAAUAGAAGACUGAAGUCGCUCAUCAUUGAGGCACGAGCACCUGACGCGCCACUACAUCCACUUACUAUGAGGCUUAUAGGUAUCCUAGACCCAGCAGUACAGGGCGGUAUAGUGAACUACGAGCGUGCCUUCCUAACGCCGGCGUACGAGGCGAGGCAUCCCGACCACGCGCCCCUACUCACUGAGCUAAAGGACUUGAUCGCUGAUCAGAUACCGCUGUUGAAGUUUGGUUUGGACGUGCACGGGUCCCGUGUGUCGGCGGACAUGGAGGAGAUGCAGGCACAUCUCAUGAAAUGUUUCCGAAGGGUGCAACAACACGUGCACCAGCGAUACGGACGGAAGAACUGUGACAUCGAAGUGGACUCGCCAGAAGUGCAGCUCCGCAUGCCGUUCCGCGACAGUUUCAGUAUGGACUCCAGCAACAACUCCAACAACAGGAUGUCUGAUAUAUCUACCGGCACUGAAACAUCGACGAAAGGAAGGUUCUUCAGUUUCAACGCUGCUAUCAAUCCUUUGACUAGGAAUAGCAGUACGGGCGUCGUAAGUCGCUUCGCAACCUUGCAGAGUUCACCGGGCAGAAGAAAUAAACGGAAUCUGAGAAAGAGCGAAGUGGGCACCCAAGCAAGCGGUUCACAAUGGUACACAUCCCACGCGACGCCAAACGGCUCGUUAAACAACAGCACAUCGACCGUCAACAACACAUCAAUCAGCAACAACAACAACAGUAUAACGAGCAUCAACACACAGACCGACACGCCGUCCGCGUCACCCUUACGAGAAUUGAGGCAAGAGGUGAGAAAAGUUUCCAAGGUAAAUUGUAUCCCUGAGGAGGUUCCCACGGAAAGGUUAAUAAUUAAAAAGAUUCAUUACAAUCUGGUGACCGAGCGCCCGCUCCGUGCUGAAGUGGAGCGCGAACGAAGACUGUCCCAACGAACUAGCCUCAUCACCUCCUCCGCACCACCCUCGAACCGAGACUCCGUGGGAACCACCGAUUCCAACCAAGAAGAAGAAGAACCUCCUCCAUUACCAAAGAAGUACGCCCACCGAAGCAUGGACCUCGACAGCGACACAAACAACAACGGGGAAUCGAACCCCCUCCCUCCCAGACACAACUAUGACACCGUUUGGGCGCCGCGAGGAUCAUUCCUGUACAACUCUAUAGCUCAUAGAAGGAAUACGACGAAUGAUAAAGCGCCCACGCCACCUCCGAAAAAACGUAACGCCCAAUAAUGUGUUAAAGGAAUUUAGACUCUAUUUCCAUGUUUAUAAAGCUUAUAUUAGCCUAAUUUGACAUUGUGAGCGCUGCAAAGAUAGUUGUAC